AUGACCACUUUGGAUUUGACGGCAGCCACCUCCACAUCGAGCAACAACAGCAACUGUGGCCGAGCUGCUACUGCCACUGCAUCAUCUCACAGCAGUGAGCCAAGCAACAACAACAACAACAACAACAACAAUGGCGCGUUGAUGUGUCUCCCACGACCAACCAAUAAUGACACCGACGUGCGUCUUGGACAAAUUGACGACCUCAAGUACUUUCUUGCCACAGCGACUAAUGAUUGGGAUCCUGAACAAGCGGUCAAAUCAUUUGCGCUACCAACUACAGGCGAGAGCGUGUCGUGUGUGUUUUGGAACAACCUCUUCCAUAUAACAGGGACUGAUAUUGUACGUUGCCUGGUGUUUCGUUUUCAUGCGUUUGGACGACCUGUAUCCAAUUUGAAAAAGUUUGAGGAAGGCGUGUUUAGCGAUCUACGCAACCUGAAACCGGGUAGUGAUGCGUGUUUGGAAGAGCCCAAGUCCGAGUUUCUUGAUAUGCUUUACAAGAACAAUUGCAUUCGCACACAAAAGAAGCAAAAGGUGUUUUAUUGGUUUUCGGUGCCUCAUGAUCGGUUGUUUCUUGACGCCUUGGAACGUGACCUCAAGCGAGAAAAGAUGGGUAUUGAACCAACAAGCCAAGCUGUUGCAGACCCUGCCACUUUGCUUUCACUCGACACUACACAUGAGCUCUUUGAUCAAUUACGCAAAUCCAUGGCACUAUCAGCUGCAGCUACAGCCCAUGCUCUAGAAGACGACCAACAAGAAAAGUGCACCAAUGGAUCCAACCUGCAAGUGACAAUGCAUGACGAAGAUUUAUCUAGCGACAUUGGGCGCUUGGAUCUCGAACCACCACCACCUCCGCCACAACCAUGCAGGCUCCGCAACCCCAAAGCUAUCUUUGGCAUGGUGUCAUUAUUCGAGGGAUCCGCUUCAUACAAGCAACGUAGACGCCGAGCUGCAUCUUUGUCGUCAACAUCGCCAUCAACUGCCCUUGUGACUCCAAACUAUGCUAAUGCUACAGCACGUCGUCAUCGUUCAACAUCGAAUCCAGAUCCUGAUACACCACCAUCAUCAUCAGCUAUUAUUGAUGACUUUGCCUUUGGUGGUUGUCCAUCGACAUCAUCAUCACCACCUUCUUCAUCCAUGUCGACACCAUCCAACAGUAAUGUAUCAACGCCAAGCAAUACAAUCAUGCUCUCGACUUCAUCUUACAACGCACUUGCAUCAGCAACCAAUGCUUUGGCAUCACUAGGGGAUGAUACAGGUGCAUCCGAGCGUACCUAUACAUGUCCCUUGGGGUCAUGUGGUAGGUUCUUCAGACGCCUAGAGCAUCUCAAACGUCAUUUACGUACACAUACAAUGGAACGACCUUAUCUAUGUCAUCAAUGUGGUAAACGUUUCUCACGUUCAGACAACUUGGCUCAGCAUCGCAAAACGCAUGACCGUGCAACCAGCAGACAUAAUUCCAAAAAAGGCAGCGGCGGAGGUGGUGGUGGCAACGAUGCUUCACCACCACCACCACAGUCAAGCAAUGGACCUGACAACAAUACCAACCAUGCUGUAUUUGGUAAUGGAAAUGGUAACAAUAGCAAUAAUGGACCAUUCUGCAACAUUUCUGGUAGCAGCAUUCAUGGCACCUCAUUGUCGACACCAUGUCAACAACCACUUUACAGUAACAUUCCUUCUACUACGUUAUUCAACAAUGCGUCCAACUACUGGUUUUCGACACGUAGCAACAACGAUACAAUGACCAUGCCAUUUGAUUCAGAGGAUCAGGCAUUGUUUUCGAGUAACGACAAUGGUAGUGCCCUGAAGCAAGAAUAUUGGGAUCAGCAUGGUGUUGUGGCAAAUGACCCAUGGCAAACUUCUUGUAGAAUGUUUGAGGAACCUUCCUUUUUGAAUCAAGAUACGACAACAACCGCAUCUCCCUGGAUCAUGCCAAUGAUCCCAUCAGCAUCCAUUCCACCAUCGCCCGUCAUGAACAACCAUGAUCAUUUGUACAAUCAUCAUCACUAUGAUCCAACAACAGCUUAUGCAAUGGGCGAUGCUGAUCAGCAAGGGCACUUCCAAUGGCUUGGUGAUGAUGAUGGAGGUGCCACUUUUUAUUGCUAA